AUGGCGACGAAGUUAACACAGACCCACAGGAAUCAACUAUCCAAAUGGAUCGACCCAACGAAAAGACACAAGUUCAUACUACUGUACAAGAUCAGUAGAGACGGAUGUAAUGCCAACACAUUUCAUAAUUACUGUAAUAAUAAAGGGCCAACUGUCACCGUCCUGUACAAUACUGACAAAUCGGUGUACGGGGGGUAUACCGCUGAAAACUGGACUUCCAAUAUCACAUAUGUCGACGAUGCUCAUGCAUUUCUCUUUAAACUGGAGUACAAUGGUAAAGAAAAUCCAAUGAAGUUUCCAACCAAAAAUAAUGGAACAAAUGCCAUGUAUAAUAAAGAAUCUUGUGGGCCAACUUUUGGAAAUGGACAUGACUUACAUUGCUUCGAUGGAAAUGUGGACAAAUCCGGUAAUUAUUUCCCGUUGAAUGGAAAAGUAAAUCUUGGUAACACAUACGACAUGCUGGGACAAGAUUACAACACUGUAAUGAAUGGUCAUCAAAAUGUCCUGGAACUGAAGGUGUACAGUGUUCAAGAGAAAACCUUGGAGGAACAACGACAAGAGGACUUGCUACUAGAGUCAAAUCGGGUGAUGGAAAGGCCGUGGAUACCAAACAUCGACUGGAGUUCUAAACACGAGGAGAUGUUAAAAGAAAAAGUGGCCACUUAUAAACCAUUAGCCGGAUUGAACCUCAAGCAGGCAAACAUUCUCUUGGUCGGGCAGGUUGGGGCUGGAAAGUCCAGCUUCUUCAACACCAUUAACUCCAUAUACCGUGGACACAUAAGUGUUCAAGCUAACGCUGGAAGUGCAGAACACAGUUUGACAACUUCCUUCCGGUUGUACCAAGUCAGGGACGGGCCUGGUGGUAAACCCCUUAACUUCCGUUUAUGUGACACACGAGGGUUAGAAGAGGAUCAAGGCCUUACUGACCAAGAGAUUGGCUUUUUACUGGAUGGCCAUGUGCCUGAAAAGUAUAAGUUCAACUCUGCCGUUCCACUAUCUCCCGACAGCAUCGGGUUCGUGAAGAAUCCUACGCUGUCAAAUAAAAUCCACUGUGUGGCGUUUGUCCUGGACUCUAGCACGGUUGACGUCAUGUCGGAGAAAGUGAUUGAGCAAAUAAAAGCAAUGCAGACAUCGAUGAAUCAGAGAUUGGUACCACAGGCUGUUUUGUUGACUAACAUUGACAGGAUCUGUCAGAAGACAUCUGAAGACAUCAGCAAAGUUUUCUUCAGCAGUGCAGUGAAAGAAUGUGUAGAAAGAGUUUCAAUGAUGAUGGGAUUGCCCCAAUCACAAGUUCUUCCUGUCAAAAAUUACCAUCGUGAGGCAGACCUCGACCAAAACAUCAACAUCUUGUCUCUCCGUAGCCUCAGGCGAAUUCUCAACUUUGUUGACGAUUCCCUUCAUAACAGAUUGGACGAAAUCGAGGCUGAAAAGCCUUCAAUAGUAAGGAUGGCUGAGUGA